CUCAGUAGUACUUCGAAGUAGUAUUUACUGUUAGUUAACAUAACAAUCGUUGCAUGUGCAUUUGGUUGCGCGAUUGUGUAGCCAUGACGGCCUUUUCUCGCUUUAGUUCCAAAUGUUCGCGGGCAUGGGUCAAUCUCGACAGCUGAAUGCGCUGCAAUUCCACGGAUUCGUGGGCCAAUUGUGUCGAAUCUUCGCCCGAGCGCUGGAGGAGGUAGAGGCGGUCGCUGCGGGAAUACAUCAUCACACGUCCAGGGCCGUUGAUUCGGACUCUCUUUGUGAUGGUUUCAAUGGGCGACCCAGCCAAGCCGACACCGGGCACGCUAUCGCUUGGGACGGACCCAGCUCCUAUCCCGACGCGGAAUGUAAAUUCAGUGACCACGGAGAACUCGACGCUCUUGGCAAAGGAUCGUUUGCGCUUGAGGCAGCUACGAGCACGGAAAGUGUCUAUGUGUGGUGCUGGCAUUAUAGGUAUGACCACGCCGAAUUCCAAGUGACGUACGAAGAUGGAGGAUAACAACCUGUGAGCCAGAGGGCAACAACAGCCAGCAUCGAGGACGAGAUCGCAGAAUAUGUUCGUGAU